UUUGACAGCAACAAUAUUAUUAGGUGUAACGACAUUGUGUACAUAUUUAGUAAUAUUUUGUUUUGUUAAAAAUUUGAGUUCAUAUAUUUUGAAAAAUGGUCGAUGAAAAUAUAACAGUGAGUGAUAAUUCAGACAUUGACGAAGGCGGUACUGCCGAACUUCGCGGUUACUUAAGUAAAUGGACGAAUUAUAUUCAUGGUUGGCAAGAUCGGUUCAUCGUUUUAAAGGAUUCUACUUUAUCAUAUUAUAAAAGCGAAUUAGAGAGUAAUCUUGGAUGUCGAGGUGCAUUAUGCUUGAAAAAAGCUAAAGUAAAGCCACACGAAUUUGAUGAUUGCCGAUUUGAUGUAUCAGUAAAUGAUUGUGUAUGGUAUUUAAGAGCAUCAAAUCCUGAAGAGAAGCAGCAAUGGAUUGACAUAUUGGAAUCAUUCAAGGUGGAGUCAGGGUAUGGAACAAGUUCAGACAGUAGUUCUAAUGGGGGAGGUCUUAGGAGACAUGGCUCCGUUACUUCACUGCAAUCAACAGGUUCAAAUGGUCGUACAUCACGACGUCUGACUGAGAAGAUAGCAGAGUUGGAUACAUACAGUGAGUUGUUGUCGAAGCAAUCUGUUCAGUUGCAGCAGUACUUCGACAAGUGCGUCGCUGCUUGUCCCCAGAUCAAUGACGAGAUUGUUGAAGCUAUUGAUGCUGUUAAACUGGUCGAUGGGGGGGCGGACAUGCGUACGUAUACGGGCGAAGUACGCGCGACUGGCGCGUCGUUCCGUGCGACGUGCGGCGCCACACUCGCCACGCUACAACACUGUGUCGACCUGUUGCGUCGCAGGGAGAAGCAGGCGCGACAGGCAGAGGAGUUGUAUAUGGCAUUAAAGAAUCAAUUGACCGAAGCAAGAUUGGCGUCAAAACCUGGACCUGAUCAUGAGGAGGGGCCGCACUCAACGUUGCCCGACGACGAGUUCUACGAUGCGGUGGAGACCGGCUUCGACAAAAUGGAGGAGGAGAGGUGCGCUCGCGUGGCGCCACCCGCGGAGCGGACUCGCGACCAGGUUGAGCUGCCGCCUCCCGCGCUCGACAACCGCCUCACAGUGCACUCACUAUGGCCAGAGAUAAACAGAAUAUCAACUGAACAAAUACAGGCAGCCUUCGAAGAGGUCGGAGGAGGUAUCGGCUGGCAGCUGUUCGCGGAGGAGGGCGAUAUGAGAAUGUAUAGGAGGGAGAUGGAAGUAGACGGAAUGGUGAUGGAUCCGUUGAAGGCGAUGCACAAAGUUCGCGGAGUGUCGGCGCGAGAGAUGUGCCACUACUUCUUCAACCCACGAUACCGUUACGAGUGGGAGACAACAUUGGAGACGAUGACGAUAGUGGAAGAGAUAUCUUCUGACGCGCUGGUGUUCCACCAGACGUUCAAACGUAUCUGGCCUGCAUCACAGCGGGACGCCCUCUUCUGGUCUCACGUCCGCGCCGCAGAAGACAACACCUACGCCGUCACCAACCACUCCACCUCCAACACUGAUUACCCUCCCAACAGUGGUGCGUGUAUCCGUCUGUUCGUGACGGUGUGCCUGGCGUGUCGCAGCUCGUGGCCGGCGGGCGCUGCGCCCACACGAGACAACAUCACCACCAGUAUAGCAUACUGCAGCACUGUGAACCCCGGCGGUUGGGCACCCGCUGGUGUACUCCGUGCUGUCUACAAACGUGAAUACCCCAAGUUCCUGAAGCGAUUCACCAGCUACGUUGUCGACCAAUGCCGGGGAAAGCCACUCGCCAUCUAGUGUAUGUUCACAUCGAAUGUGAUAUGCGAUUAUACACCUUAACACCUUGAGAUACUAUUGUAAGUGCAAUUAUUUAAUAACAUUGUAUUCGAUUAUGAACCUUAUUGCAACGUAAUACGGUUGCGCAAAGAUCUGUCUCCAGAUAUGAAAAUCUUUUUAAAUGCCGUUAUCGUAUACCUGUGUUGUAGUUUAUUGGUAAUAGAUGGCGUUGUUUUUAAUAUAGUUUUUUUUCCACAAAUUCAUUUAAUUACUUAACUAAAAUUUUUAAUAAAUUAAAGAGCAAAGCAUGACUUCUGUCUUACUUUGAGAAAAUUUUAUUUUUAAUGUCAUAAUCGAUAUUGCCACAAUAUAAUUCAUAGUCGUCUAACAUGUUUCUGUGUAACUGGCAACAAAUAUAAAUAUUUAUAAUAAAAGCUAUGUUUUAUGAUGUCCAUGGAGACCAUAGACAAGUGAAUCUUGUCAUUAUUCCCGUACCACUGAUCACUAAAGAUGGAUAGAAGUAACAUAUUUUGGUUUGUUCCGAUUUAUUAUCUGUUAACAUUCCUGUCUGUUAAUUCUAUUUCUAUUAUUAAUUCGAAUCCUCACCACCGCAACAAUCAGCGCCAAAAUGGCGACAAUCAAAUAGGCACAAAAUUAAACAGCUUAUAGCCUAUUUAUAGCCAUUAAAUAGAGAUCAGUGUAACCACCCACCAAGAAUUUAACAGUGUAUAAUAUAGAUUAUUUUCAUCUGUAUUAUUUGUCUAAUGUAAAUUAAAUAUUUCAAUGUAAAAGCGGGUGAAAACUUGGGUUCAUAUAUUUUGUUUUAUAUUUGUUAUUAUGUAAUAAAGAGGUAUAUUUAACUAUACGUACCUGUAAUUUAUAUGGUUAUUAAGGGUUUUGCACAGGGGGUGAAUAUUUAAUUCAGUUAUUUUACGUCAUUACAUUAAGUUAGUCGAAAAUGAAAGUA